UCUUCCUCCUCCUCCUCUUCCUUCUCCUCCACCUCUUCCUCCUCCUCCUCCUCCUCCUCCUCCUCCUCCUCCUCCUCCCGCUCUUCCUCCUCCUCUUUUUCCUUCUCCUCCUCCUCUUCCUCCCGCUCUCCCUCCUUCUCUUCCUCCUCCUCCUCCUCCUCCUCUUCCUCUUCCUCCUCCUCUUCUUCCUCCCGCUCUUCCUCCUCCUCCUCCUCCUCCUCUUCCUCUUCCUCCUCUUCCUCCCGCUCUUCCUCCUCCUCCUCUUCCUCCCGCUCUUCCUCUUCCUCUUCCUUCUCCUCUUCUUCCUCCCCCUCCUCCUCCUCCUCCUCCUCUUCGUCCCGCUCUUCCUCCUUCUCUUCAUCCUCCUCCUCUUCCUCAUCCUCUUCCUCCCGCUCUUCCUCCUCCUCCUCCUCCUCUUCCUCCCGCUCUUCCUCCUUCUCUUCCUCCUCCUCCUCUUCCUCAUCCUCUUCCUCCCGCUCUUCCUCCUCCUCCUCCUCCUCUUCCUCCCGCUCUUCCUCCUUCUCUUCCUCCUCCUCCUCCUCCUCCUCCUCCUCCUCUUCCUCCCGCUCUUCCUCCUUCUCUUCCUCCUCCUCCUCCUCCUCUUCCUCCUCCUCCUCCUCCCGCUCUUCCGGAUGA